AUGUUCUUUGAUCAUCACGAUGAUGGUGAUUUUCUCAGGUUAUUGGGUUUGUCAAGUAAUAAUUAUUUUCCAGAUAUUGGCGAUAUAUUUGGUCCGACCAUUCGUUGCUAUCUGAGUGUGAUUAUCUUCUUUCAAAAUGCUUUUUUCCGAGUUUCGUAUCUGCCUCAGCAAAAGAGUUGUGUUCAGUUGGUGGAUUAUGUUGGAGGAUGGACUGCUGUGGAGAAGCAUUAUUCUUUCUCUAUCAAAAGUAUGUACCAGAAACUUUGUGUUGUUCAUGUUAAGGUUCCUUGGAGACGAGUCAUUUGCAACAAUCAGGCAACUCCUAAGAGUCAAUUCAUCAUGUGGCUAACCUUGUGGGGUAGAUUACCUACUCUUGAUAGAUUGUUCAAGUGGAAUAUUGCUGCUUCUGAUAAGUGCCCUGUUUGCACUGCCAGUACUGAAUCUGUCUGGCAGAAGGUUUUGAAGCUACUGCAGUUCUCUAGGCCUCCUGGUGGCUUUACUUCUGAGUUACAGUGGGUGAUUAAAAGUAGCAAAAUGGGUGAAUUGUUAAUGAUGUUUUUUGCUGAAUGCAUUUACUCUGUGUGGCUAAAUAGAAAUGAUAAAGUGUUAAAUCAGCAUUGUAAAACUCCUACGUACUGA